UUACUGUAUCACUUUCUAUCUUCUAGCGCAUAUCAAAGCCUUUGCAAGAAACCUUUUCCACCCCACUGGUUUCUCUCACCGGUUCUUCCCAAAAUCCCGCUGACGACCAUGCCUCUUACCCACCAGCCGCACGCUACUGCUGCGCUUGCCCCUUAUUGCAGCUGUCAUACUAUCCUUCCAUCAAUUCCCUGCAACACGCUGCCGCUGAGUAUGUUAUAGAGUGUUAUAAGAUCCAACAUAACCUUCUCCCAACAACUCGAGUUAUUGGGAGCAAUUGGUUAAUGACAUGGUAUCAGAGUCUGGUUAGGCUGAAGAGCCUAGUUCCUCUCUCAGUACGACAUAGGUCGAGUAUGGGCCGACACUAUGCCCGAGAGACGGUCCUAGAUGUGCAUAUCAGGCGGUCCGGACGCAGAUACACAUGUGUUGCACCGUUGUGGGGGACCUCGACAGGCUGAAGAUGCAGCGGCCGAGAAUGCCGUUCAACCGAGCAACUAACGCUAGCGAGAGCGUAGGGUGAAGGUCGAUUGAGGUACAAACGCUGGAAGUAGCGUAGGGUGAAGCUCGACUGAGGUAUUAGCGCAGCAGAAUCAAAGAGUGAAGGUUGAUGUCGAGGGGCGAAGCGGUAUGUGCGCGGGGCACAACAGGCUAGCGCGAGGACGUGACCGGAGCUUGUCCAUCAUAGGAUGGUAUCGUAUGCGGACGCCCACAAUCGGUUCGAGUGUUGCAAUACAUGCUGCGGAGAGAAGCAUUCUUCACCAGCACGAGGACGUGCUGCAUUAUGAGUGGUGGAGAAUGUCACAACCCGAAAUGUCAUGACCGUGUUGAUCGUCUGAAGAACGCUGCCAUAUGGUUGUCUUGCCAUGAGAAGGGUAAAGGGGGCGACAUUAGCAAUAAGGCGUUGUCUGCCUGUGCAUCGCAUCUGACCGAGUCAAGAUGUGGCUAUGAAGGGGAUCGUUGCAAGAGAAAGCACAACUGGUCGGAGGCUAUUGUCGUCUCCCUGAUGAGCCCAAUGCAGGGCGAAACCAGGUGGCAUGCGUAUGCAGAGAGGCUGGUCUUGAAAAAUGAGUGCACCUCAAGACGCCGCACGGACUUCGGAAGGCCUCUACAGUCUGCACUCAAUCGGUACAGCUCUCAACCAAUUGCUUGCUUUCCCUGCAACAGACCACAAUCAAGCUCGCCAGAACAAGUAAAUAGGAUUCAUGGCCCAGUGCCGUGCACAAGCAAUAAUAGCGAUCCAAAAAUCCGAAAGGGGAAAGAAAGCGCAAAAGGAUGGCAAGGCGUGGAAGCGGCAGUAAUUACACUAAACUUGGGGCCAGCUUUCUGUAGUCCUUAAUUAUCAUAAAUGGUCACAAACCUAUUCACUUUGUACAAAACGGUCACAAUUCUUUAAUUUUGCACGUUUUGGCAAAACAAAUUUGAGUGAAUAACAAAUUGGUCAAUCCAUCCACUUCCGUUCAAAACUAUGGGGUCGUUUGCUUCAAGGAUUUGGUACAUGGAUUUGGUACCAAAAAACCAACUAUCAAGGAUUUAGGUACAAUCCGUUGUUUGCUUGCACCUUUUUUGGAGACCAAAUCCGUGGUGCCCACGGAUUUUAAGGGUCCAAAUCCGUGGACCCCAUGGACUUAUAAAUCCCACAUGUUGAUGUGGGAUUUGGAAUAUGACAUAAAUCCUUGAUGAGAUUUUACCCAUAUACCCUCAUGCACUUUUAAUAUUCCAAGGUUGCCCUCAAAUUUAACUAUUAUACAUUAUAAUUAACAAUAAAUGAAUAAUAUAAACGUUCAAUUAAUGUGCAAACAUGAGUUAGAUUUUUUAUAUCAUUUCUUGUGUUCUAGUUUUCUUUGACCUUUUCAUGAAACGUGUAAUUCUUUGUUCUCCCGAUUCUAAUAUAUGUUGUUAUAUGUUACUUUUGAAAAGGAGGACAAAGAAUUGGUAAUUGAUUAUGUUACGUUAAAAGUUAAAACUGAAUUUUCUCGUUUAUUAUUAUUGUCCAUGUGGCAACAUUAUGCUUAUUAGUAUGUAUUGUCCUUGUUUUGUGUACAUAUCAUAAACAUGUCAAACAUAUAGAAAAUGAUAGUAAGGUAAUUUUGAAGUUUUGUCAUUGUUUUGUGUACAUAUCAUAAACAUGUCAAACAUAUAGAAAAGGGCAGUAAUGUAAUUUUUGACUUCAAGUAGUUUAUCCCACACCUUUAAAUCCAUGAUAAAAACAUCCCAACAAACAAAGGAUUGUUACAAAUCCAUGAUGCCUCAAAUCCUUGAUAAAUCCUUGGAUUUUUAAAUUACAAAACCAUCAUUUUUAAAUCCAUGAAACAAAUGACCCCUAUGUUACUUCUUACCCAACCAGCAUGACAUAUCAUUAAAAAUAUUAAUAAAAAAAUUAUUUAAUCAUUCCAAUUAACCCGCACAACCCAACCGGUUUAGUAGCUCUGUAGCACCGUGCCGUACCCUAAUACCCACCGCUUCCCGACUUCGAGAAUGUCGGAGACAACAGAAAGGUCGGGCGGAGCGGGAGAGCGGAGCGACCACAUUCUCCUCUUCGCCGGCGACCAGUCCCUCCAGAGACCCUCCGAGAUGGGUAUCUCCACCGCUGGCGAAUACACAAAUCCCCGGUACGGCAAGAAUCGGACUGCUGGUGAUAGGUUUUAACCUAGUUUUUUUCUUAUCCGAUUCUGGGAUGCGGACGGGAGAAGGAAAAAAGGGAAGGAGUCCCCGCCGACUUUGGGCUUCGCCGGCGAUAAAAGUGACGCCACCUACUAGGAUUUAGUGGUAAACUAUGUUUUUUGGGGUCAUUCAUUAAUCUUUUGGUUUGGGGAAUUUUGGGAGUUCUAUCUUUUAACCCAUUUUUGUUUGUGCUUUUUGUUUUAUUAAUCAACGAGGCAAAAAGAGAUGGUCUCUAAUGGCUAUUGGCUCCGGGCUCACCGACGACUGAGAAAGCACAGACUGGUCCGAGCACAACUUCGGUAAGAUUCUGCCCUUAUAUCUCCAUUAGAUUGAUGAUGAUGAUAGUUGAGUAACUCUAGUUACCAGCGAUUUUGCCUGUACUGGGAGUUCUGUGUAUUGACCAGCGGCGGAGACACCUGUCUCGAAGGGUCUCUGGAGGGACUGGUCACCGGCGAUGAGGAGUAUGUGGCCGGCCCGCGCAAGGAGGGGCUACCUGAUUCCAUGCAGGUGCAAGAAGCAUCGGCAAGGAGGGGCUACCUGAUUCCAUGCAGGUGCAGUCACUCGAAUAAACAGUUCAAACUUUGGCACUGCCAUCAAUGCAUUGUUUGACCUGUUAUCUUUUUGUCAUUUGUGAAGAAAUUCUGUCACCGAACACAAGAUCCUUCACCCAUAGAAAGCAUUACAAGUUCUAAGAAUCAUACAUUAUGCCUUUUGCGUACUUGAAUAUAAAUCGGUUAUACUAGAGCCAUGUGUUGUUGACUAGGGAUUGUGUGUGUAUACCCUCUGUGUUUGCUUAACUUACACCUUGGCAUGUUGAAUUUCAUUUCUGUACAAUUUUUGUCUUACAAGUUGUUGUCGCUUUUUGUUUCUGUUUUUGGAAACACUUCCGCAAUUCAAUGCGUUGUUAUUAAGAGGAUGAUGUUGUUGUGUAGGAAAGUAUAUCCUCUUUUGGAACAUUAAUCAAGAUUUUGUACACUACUUGAUAUCUUGAAAUUCUGUGGGUUGUUUGUGUGAUUCAAAUGAAAGGUGCAGUGAAGCUUUGGAAAGUUUAGUUAAUAUGUUGGAAGAGGAUUUUGUGGCUGAUAAUGUGACAAUAGUCGGUUCUCUUUCUUCUGUAUCAGGUUGUGUUUGAGUAAAGGUGAUGUUAUGCGGUGUUUCUUGAUGACUGGUGAGUGAGUUUCGUGUGGGUACGUAGAUGAGUAGUUAGUUGGUAUGUUGUCUGUUGAUUUUUUUAUACUUUUUACAAUUUGAGGUUAGUGCCAGAACUGGAUACAAGUCAAUUCCUCAUGCAGAAGAUCCUGGCAGAGGCUUUCAGGUUCUGGACACAACCUCUUUGUGGCAGUAUGAUGGUUGGAUUUCUUUCUGAUCCGGACCUGUACACAUUUGAGUCUUACAUUACAUGCAAUGUCUGAACUCUGAAGUAGCCUUCUUACUAACAGUGUUACAGCUUUCAUGUCAUACAAUUUCAACAGUUAAAGUAGAAGCACAGGUUCAGACAUUCAUUUCUCUACCGUUGGAGAGAGGAAAGAGAGCUUUAAAUUUUCCAGUCGUAAUUGGUAGGUUUCCUUUUUACUAGACCAGACAGUGGUUUCUUGCUAGCUUCGAAGUUCUGGUACUUCUCCCAUCACUGAUUCUGCUGCUGAUUCUGUUUUUUUUUUUCCAGAAUGAAUGAAAUGCAAAAGAAAAAGAAGCAGAAGGAAAGAUGAAUAGUUUUGGCGGUCUGGGCUAAGGAACUGGAGGUUGGGAUGGGGUUUUGAUGUGGGUAUAUUUUCUAUUACAGAAUGUAUGCAUGCUUUGAAAGAUAAAGUGCUAGCUGAUGGACUACCUGAAAUUUAUAGAAUGGCCCACAAUUUCUCCAUUAGCCAACCUAUCUUUCAUGUGGAAUAUUGGUUGAUCAUUGUGUGUAUUGCUUUGCCCCCGUCCCCAGUAGCAAGGUAUCUCUUGGGUAUAGUUUCAGUAUAGACUUUCAAAAGUAGUUAAGGAGGAGUUACAUGCAGUUUUAGUCAACUCUGUAGAGCGUAUGUUUAGCAGAGAAUCGUUAUGAUUGUAAGUUGUCUGGUAUAACAAGGAAUCAAGGAUGUCUAAGUUGUUAAACAAAAAAUAUGGUAGUGGAUUUCUACAUAUUAUUUCUAACUAAUUUCGUUAAUGUCAUAUUGCUUUUAAAUGUACUAAACACAACUAAAUCUCUCGCGGCGUAGCCGUGGGUAUUGAUACUAGUAUAUUUUAAUGUGGGCACACUAAUUAACUGGGGUCACAUGAUUGUAUCUAUAAUCAGCCUAGUCAGUUGCAAUAUUUCCCGGGUGUCUUUCAUCUGCCAAUCACUAACUUUUACUACUGAGGUAAUACCAGUUUAUCAAACUGUCCAAUGCAGUUCUCUUUUCUUGUGCCGAGAUCGGGACAUGGACUGAACAACAUAAGAUUAGUUCAUUAUCUGCAUUGGGUGUAGUCAAUUAGCAUCAUGCCAUUUAUGCUUCUUUUUUUUAUACUUUGGUAGCAUCUUUUAUGCAAUUAUGCUUCUCUGGUAGCCUAUCCUUAUAUUCUGAGGAACUGUAGCUUGAGCUAUUGAAAAUGGAUGCGAAAAGCCUUGGUGAGGAAUACGAGUCCUUUUUGUCUGAUAAAGCUGGGGAGUUGGAGUAUUUGCAGUCACUGGAACAGCAGAUUAAGAAACUUGAGGUAAAUGGUACUGCAAGCUUCUAUGCUGUUCUCUUGAACUACCACCAUUUUCCUGGGAUCACUGAUUUAUGUAAUGAAUGGCACUUAAACAGAGUACAAAUGUAGGUGUUUUCUUUAUCGUAACAGGGUUAACUCCCCUUGCGUGCAACUAGCAGUAUCCCUCAGCAACCAUUUUAUACCAAUUACCUAUCAGUACAUGCUCCGAGUGUAUUUUUUCCCAUAAAGCUUCACUGCCAACUACCAGCAGUAUCAAGAAGAAUAAUAUCUUCUUCCUGUUAAUGGUUGUUCUUCUCCUUGCAGGAUGUUACUCACACAGUCAAUUGUAUCUGUGGUUCAGAGUACAGAGUAGCAAUGGGCCUUUGUGCAUGACAUAGGCGAACAAAGAAAACAAUGGUAA